AUGGCAAAUCGACGUGCAAACAAUAACGUCGAAGCAACCAGGAACAUCGAAACGCCUACGACACGCGCAAGAGAGUCACGCGAUUCGCAUUCUGGAAGAAAUAUCCGGACAAGCAGCAGAGACAGCACCGCCAUCUUUAGUAAUGAAGCUGAAGGCUCCAUCAACGUCCAUGGCAAUGCCUUCAGCACUACCACGGGUAGCCACGGUGCUCAACAACAGUACAUCACUAGAGAGGACCAAUCCUCCUCGAUAGGGUCGACGUCCUCCAACACGCAGGCAGCGCAAGCUGCGCAUGUCGUCGAAACGAAACGUAGAGGAAAUGCCGAGGACCUUGAUAGCCAGUCACAGGCCUCGGAAUCUUCCACCGAAAGCUCACAAGAUCUUUGCGAAGAUGCCUCUUCCCCGCCUCCGACCAAGUCGAAGACCCGCAAGCGACGGGGUCGUGGAUGGUCUCGCAAAAAAGCUUCGAGGUCGAGUCGAAGUGAACAUUCUGAAGGCCGCGCUAUUUCCUCCAGCAAGAAACGCCGAAUAGGCGAGGCGGAUGCUAAGGAUCACGAGCUCAGGUCAAGAAAGCGACAGCGUGUCACUGAACCAGUUGGAGGACCAUCUAGCGUCAUUCCUCCUAUAUCCGAAGGGCCGCCAGUUGCAAGAAACAUAAGGAGUUUGCGAUCCCGCAACGUCAUCAUACCUGCGGCAAAUGGUGGAACGACGCGCGGCCGAGAUACGAAUAGGACUAUCCAGACAGCCGUGCCAGGUUUGGUGGUGGAAAGGCCAAGACUCGACGACACACAGUCUACAGAGCCAGAAUCCACUCCGGUCAAAAUCGAGGAGGAGGAUGAGACAAAUUUCCUGUUUAACGCACCAGGUCCCUCUAAUCACUUUCCAGAGGCACCAGUAAAUGCACCAAUGAGCGAGAGCGUGUUCCAGUACGAUAGCAACCCGGGCACUCCAGGGUUAUGGCUGAGGAUAACGAGUACCGGCGAGGCGAAAGCAAUUCACCAGAUUCAACACCUGUCACAACGCUGCAAGGGCAGUCCAUCGAAAGAUCACCCACAAUUGUUACUCUAG